AACAUCAGGCCCCAGCCAGGAUGCUUCUUCCCAGUGGGCUAGCAUAGUCUUUUACCUCUCAGGAGGCUCUCUUUAAAGAAAAUUUGUCGAGCUACUUGUAUGGGGGCAGUGUGCCCCUGUACAGUAAGUGAAGCUGUUCUGUGGACAGGACUGUAGGGCCAGCCCUGCACCGGGUGGUGCAAAGCUAUAGGAACCUGGGGAGCAGGAAGGGUUCUGGGUUUUCUUCCUGCCUGCUGCUGAACUUGUGUGGCCUAUGACAGGUCUAUGUAUCCUUGGUCUUCAGUGGUCUGGAAGUCUCCUUUUCGCUGGGGUACUCUGUUUAUUGCUUCCAGAGCUCUAAAAAAAAUUCAAAGGAUCAGGCAGUGACAUCACACACCUUUAAUCCCAGCACUCAGGAGGUAGAGGCAGACAGAUCUCUGAGUCUAAGGCCAGCCUGGUCUACAGAGUGAGUUCUAGGCAGCCAUGGCUACACACAGAAACCCUGUUUUAAAAAACCCAAAAAAUAAAAUACAUAAAUAAUAAAAUUAGUCAAGGACCCCAGAGCCUUGUUUGGGGAUCACAGUUAGCCAGGUCCUCUCUAGGACGGAGCAGGACCCGGCCACCCUUUCUUGGAUCCUCUUUGCCUUUCUCCUAUGGGCAUGGCAGGGUGAAAUGAGGUGACAAUAGGACGUUGCCUUGAUGAACUGAUACUGUCAUCCUUGUUGCCCUGUGUUUCAGUUUUACUGUCUCAUUGUGGGAUUGACUCCCCAAAGCCAGGAGCAUCCUGGCCCCCGUAUGCUCAAGAAUCAGAAGGUCAACCAGGUGCAGCCAGGUUGGGAGGGUAGGACUGGCCCUGGCACCCAUUGAUGGCCUCUCCAGUCUUGGCUCUAGGACAUUGUACAGACUUGGCCCCCCUCACCCUAUCCUGGGACUGAGUGUGAGUUGCAGAGGGGCUACCCCACCCUCCCAAAUUGGCUGGGAGACCUCAGAGCUAGGAGCGCAUGUUCUCCAAACAUCUUGCUCACGGCAGAUGGCAGCCACAACUGCCUUUCUCCCUGCAGUUCCGGUGCACCUCCCUUGCUCACCCCCUGUUAACUUUGGUUUCUGCUUUUGGAGAUGGGGAGGCAGCAUUCAUGCCUCUGACUGUGGGUGAUGCAAGGUGGGCACCUUCUGAGGGAGCAGAAACCUUCUCCCCAGCUCAGGAACACAGUCUUGCCCUGGUUCCUGCUAGCUGACUUUGAAUCUUCUUGGCCAUGUGUGUUGGCAGUGCAAUCUGAGAGAAGCAAGGAGCUGGGCUGGGGCCUUGUUUGACAUUUCUUGAGCAGCUGCUAGGCACCAGGCUCUGUGCUGGAUGCCAAGGACAUGGAGAUGCAGGGCGUGCAGCCCUGCCCUGUAGCAGCCCCCAGCCUUUGGGGAGCGCAGAAUGGAAGAGAACUAAUUGUCCCACCUAAGGGGUUGGUGGACCCCAGUGACAUCUUGGAGGCAGUGUUUAGGUUAAUCCUGGGAAGAGCUCUGUAGACAGCAAGAUUGAAGAAAGCAAUGUGGGCUGAAAACAGGAGGCCUGCAGCAUAUCCAACUGAGGCAUAUGGAGCAAAGGGAGACCAUGUUACCUCCUCUAGACCCUUAGAAUAUAGCCUGUCCUCUGUUUGCAUCUAGGUUGGGAUCAGCCCAAAGCCAAAGCCCCAAAAGGGAGUGACGCAUGUCUCUCUUAGUUCUGACCCUGGGUUUGAGGCCAGCAAGAGCAGCCCCUGAUUGUGGAGUAGAUGUGGCCUAUCCUUUCCUUCUGCCAGGCCCUUCAGCCACAGGUCAGUGACCAAGUGUUUUCCCAUGGGGUCCAAGAACAGCUGGGCAAGCAUGCUAGAUCCCCCCGCAACCCCACAGCACUGCCCCUCAUUCUGAGCCUGCCUCCAGUCUACCCACCCCCACAGGAAGCUCUAGGCUGAGCAUCCACAUAGUGAGUGGCUUGUGUGUGCUGAGCCCUAAGUGCGUUACUGGAGUUGUUAGGGUCAAAGCCUGAGCUGCAGCAGACCCAACAAACAAGAUUGACCAUCUGUUCCCUGUUGGCCAGUUAGAGACAAGUAGUUUUGAAAAAGAGAGUGCAAUGUGGCCAUGCCGAUGGGAAGAAGAGAUAGAAGGGUCCAGCGACCCCUCCAAGUCUGUCCCCAGGGUCCUGACAUGAUGUUUAGGCUUAAACAGAAGGCAAGAGGUGUGUGUAACUAAACAGCACUGGUAGGAGUGUGGCCCCUGCUGAUCACUGUCCUACAAGGUGGUGGGGAUUGUGUGAGACCUCUUCCUAGGAGGCAAGUUUCUCUCUGGCUGGCACCAGGCUUCAGCCUUUCUGUUCCCCACUGUGAGAUUUUUUUUAAUUCUUUGGGGACAACUGUUUCUAUAGCCUGAUACCAAAGAGAAGGGCACAAGUGUCUCUCUUUAGAGUAAUUCUCUCCUGCCACACGUAUACCAAGGACUCCUACACAGGCCUCAACCAGUUAACUUUAAAGGUUGUGAGUGACAGACAUCACUAGCCCCAAGCUCCUAGGACUUGUUCAAAGUCCUUCAGCAGACUCCAAGUCUGCCCUCUCCAGCAUAUCUGUGGGGUCACUUACUCUGUCCCCUAGACAAAACUUGAGGGAGCAUGUGUGGUGGCCUAGGUGGUUGGCAAGCAACUUUGGAGGCCUCAGGCCCUAUUCAUUCUUCCUGUUGCUGCCUCCCCUGCCUCAUAGUCAGGCCUUCUGGGGGAGUGGAUAGCAGGGAGUCAACUCAUUUGCUCUUCUAGACUCUCCAAAUACCACAGGCAAAUUGUUGGGGUACUAGUGGCCGCUAUAGGCAGGGCCACGAUAACACAGUCAAGCAGGCAGCAGGCAGAGCCAAGGCCUUGAUGUUUGCUUUUCCUUCUCCCCUUCCCCCCUUCCCCCUUUGCUUUGUCUUUUGCACCUGUCUGACUGUUUGCCCAAGGAUUUGCCCUCCUAGAAGAUAGGCGGGACUGGGGGGCGUGGAGUGGCAGGAAGACAACAGUGCUUCUUGGCACCCUGCUUUUCAGCAGGCCCUGUACUACACAUGACCUAUCCCAGCAGGGCAUGGCCUCGCCCGCGCAGAGCAUGUGACUUCAUAUUGCCCAGGCCUGGCAUGCCUGGCGUGCCUGGACAGCAGCAGCGGCAGCAGCAACAGCUGGACUGUUAGCUAGGAGCAGGAGAGGCCCACAGGGCCCUGUUCUGGGGCACUGGCCCCAGGGUGCGGGGGUGAGGGGCAGCAUCAAUGGGACUUUUGUGUGGCUGGGGCAAAGGAACACAUGGCCAAAGCCAGGAGCCCUGUGCAGAUACAUCUGGUCCUUUCUGUCCUGGAAUGGUCAGUCUGCAGGCCUCUACCCUUCCUCCUAGCAGAAGAGCGUGUCUUAGUUCAAGCCAUCCUAUCCCUGACCUUCCCUUCACCCCUUUCAGCUGAAUUUGCUUUAGCAUCUUGAACUUGAACUUCUCCAGUACGGCGCUGCCUCCUAUGGGUUUGGUGUUCCAGCAUCUCUCACUGCCUGACAGCUCGUCCACAGUGGCUCCUAGAAGCUGUGUUCUGGGUCCUCUAUGUCAACGAGAACAAGUUAAAUAACCAGUGGCUAGACCCAAGGAUGAAGAACCCUCCUUUUCCCUUUGCUGGUAGUCCCAGGUGGGACUUGCAUUAGCUAGGCUAGGAGCCGAAUGCCUCACUUCCUGUAGUCUUGCCUAUGGCCAGCUUUGUGGAGAACUUUCAGUCCUGUAAGAUGGGAACUCUACGCAUCAUCUUUGGGUUUCCAUUCUUCUUUGUGUAGUCACCUUUAACAAAGUCAAAACUAUGACCCAUGACCUCUGUGCCACCCGGUACCUGCUCAUAUGCUCCAUGAGGGCAAACAGGCUGUCACCAAGAGGCUGUGUUAUACCUCCCAUGGGUGAAGAACUCUGUAAACAGAGGGGAGCUAGGAGGACACAUUGGCUCAGACUUGAUAACAACUUUUCCAGGUGGGCACAGCUGCAAGAGGUUGCCUGGUCACUUUCAGACUACCCAUGUGCUAGGGGUAAGAAACCAAACAGCCUGACUGACAGGCUUCUAGCCACAGGGAUCCCAGAUGCCCAAGACUAAGCAGGUGGGAGAAAGAGCUGUGUGAUUCAGGGAUAGGCAUGGGUAGGAGAGAGUUGUCUUGCCAUGCUUUGGCCUGGGAACAAACACAGCUGGCUAGCCUUGUGGGGAGGGGGACUGCAGAGCCUGUCCCGGGGCCUUCUUCCUAUGACCUGUCCUCCAAUAGAGGAAGAAAUGCCCACUGUUUACCACCCAUAUACAGCUUGGCACCAGAUGCCUGCCAUGACUCCUCCCCAGGGGCAGCCCUGUGGACUGUGACUCUUGGCAUUCUCAUUUACAGGUAAGAAAACUGGUCUGCAUUGCCCUUCCACCAGCAUCCCACAGCUGUUACUCCUCUUCUCCAGGUACCAGGGCUCAAAGUGGCUGCAACUUACACAGACCUAUUAAGUGGCCAGGCCCUGUGGUAGCCCACACAGACUGACCCUAACUCCCCUGUGUUUUCCCACUCUGCCUGUGCAGUCAACAGAAGCACUAAUAAAAUAAAUACAUUAAUACAUAAUUAAUCCUACCUCUAUCCCUCCGGCCUUUUCUCCCUGGAAGCCCCAGACGUGAUCUCAUGCAUCCUGUCAAAGCCCCAGAAGAGCUAUGAGGAAGCUCUGUGCAGAUGAUGGGGAAGGGCUGGCACCCAUGGACCACAGGGCCUUCAAAUCAGCUGUUACCCAGUCUUAGCUCCAGCAACAACCAACUGCCCUUCCUCAGCUCUUAGCCUCUGAGUAAGAGGUUUUAGGGUGAAGACUCAUUUGCACCCUUCCUCUGGUCUCUGGGAUAGUGCUGGGCUAAGCAGGAGGAAUAGGAGCUGAGGUGAACUCUACCACCCUGUGGUAGGAUGUGUCUUAUGCGUGUGCUCGAGAACACACACACACACACACACACACACACACUCACACACACUCACACACUCACACACUCACACACUCACACAGGGAUAGUGGGUGUGGCCGUUAUAGCACUCUGUUGUAGCAAGUCAGCAGAGAGCAUUGAGAGUCCCAGGGAGGAAGGCAGAAUGAGUAAAGCAUCCGAGAGCAGGCUCAAUGCUCAGGAUGCUCCUCCUUUCCCCAGUGUCCAAAGAGGCAGUGGCUGCUGCUGUCUUCAUCGUAUGAGGAGGAGCCCAGGUUUAGAGCCCUGCCUGGGUCACAUGAACUCACAUGGUCAGGACUGGAUGACAGGCUAUCCGGGGGAAAGCCUCAAACUUCAAGCAUACUUUAGAAGCCAGUGACCGCUCCUGAGGGUUUCCUGUCAUGGGUCUGCUCCCUUGUACUUGUGCACAGGUUCACCUGAAUCAGGACGGAGCUGAAUCAGAACUCUUUGGAAAUAUGGUGCUUUUGUGUGGGGCCAGGCAGCUGCAGGCCUGUGAUUUAAAGGCCCAUCGCAUGAGUGCCCUCCCUCCCUAUCACUGUGGACUCUGUAUGUCGACUCUCAGCCUGGACUGUCCAUAUUCUUUCAUCUCACAUCCACUUUGGCCAAGGUCCCAGCAUCUCACCCCACCAGUCUUCCUCUCAGCCUCCUUUCUAUCCCUGCCUCUACUCACCUGGCCCCACCCUGUGUCCUCCCUUGUAACCUGUGAGGUGUAUGUCUUGUGCUUGUCCCUCUUAUCCCCUCCAGUGGUCCCUCUGCCGUGCUUGACCCAACUCUGGCUCCAUGUUCUCUGGGCAGCCACACUCAGGUCUGUGUGACCUCUGUUGUGGGAGAGUUUCCCUUGCCUUAGGUAGAGUGGCUUGGAUUUACCUUCUUUUCUUCUGGGUUGGAGAUACAUGGGACUCUGAUCCCACGUCACUCCAUGGCUUGUCUUUCUUACACCCCUUAGGUCCUUGGCAUGUGGUGGGCACACAGAGAUUAGAGGAUGUCUACAGUAAAGACUUUCUUAGUCAGAUCCCAUGUGUGUACGCCCAGCCCUGGGCUCUCUCUCUGUUUCUCUGUUUCUCACCUCCCCUCAAAGCCUGCCCUGGCCCAAGCUAGAAAACUUGGAACCAAAGUCUACCACUGUGAGGAUCAGUGUCCUUGUUCUACCAGGUCUAGGGACUGCUUUCUGUCCUGUGCUCCUGGUCAGCCAGGCCUGGGCUUCUAAGAAGGGAGGUCUCCCUCAGUGGCAGGCUCCCAGGUAGGAGAAGGAAGCCACCACCACCUGUAUAAACAACUGACACCCCAAGGGACCUGUCAAAAUGAGGUUUGUCCCAAAGAGGCUCCCAGGGCAAUGGCAUAUUUGGAAUCCAGUUUGAACUAAAAGUCAUGCAGAGACUAUGGGGUGAGAAGGUGAAAAGAAGGCUUAGGGUCCAGUGUCUCUGAGUGGGACUCCAGAGAGAACCCAAAGCCAGGGGCUGUGGUACAAAUAGCAGCAGGUCUCAGGUGGCCUUGUCUCUUUGUUAUCUCUUGGGCUGGUUGGGGCCUGGUGUCCUUAAUACCUGGCCUGUGAAGAGGGUUUGGAGUCAAAGUGCUGUCCUUUGGGUUUGGGGUUCCCCAUGCUGGCUGAGGCAUUGCUCUAGUCUUGCCCCUUCCUCAGGUGGGUGGCCACGCUCCAGCUGCAAGGAUGUUCUGGUCAGACAGGCUGUGUCUGAAAUGAGCAGGGAGGGGGCCCCUGGAGGCCUCCAAGCCCACGAUUCUAGGUCAUCUCCUGCAACAUCCAGAGAAUGGAGUGGUAUUUAUAGCCACCAGCGGCCACUGAGGGUGGAGAAGCCAGCACGAGCUAUGACGCAGGCCCGACCCCCCUCACUGCCAUCCCCCACUCCAGAGCCUUCCUGGGAUGUGCAGGAAAGGACUGUGCCUGCUGAGGAAACAGGCUUUGUCACAUUACCGCCCUGAGCCUUGAGGGAGAUGAGGCACUAGUGCUGGCCUGGCCGGAGCCUCAGCCUCUCUGGUCUCACCAGGACCUAGUCUGGCCCGAAGAUACUGGGUGGGCACCCUAUUAGCGCUCACCUGCUGCUAGUCUUCAUACAUGCUGCCAGUCACUCUUUUCUUGAAAGGUUUGCCCCCCCCCCCAAGAUAGGGUUCUCUCUUAGUCAGGUUAGGGGCAGCACAGAAGCCUGCCUCAUCCCUCAACAGUGAGCAGUAGCCCCAGGUUGACUGAAACAAGGCCUGCCAAACCCUUGCUACUGCCCCUGCUCUGGUCUUGCCAAGUGGCAGCAGAGGGCCCCAGCUCCACCUCCUGCUACACCAAGGGAGUGAAACCACAGAAGUGACAGUGUGACAAGGCUGGGCACCUGCCUAUCAGGGGCAAGGCCUCUUGAAAGGAAGGUAAAACCAAACAGAUUGGGCCCUGCUUCUGUUCAGCCUUAACCUAUCCUGAACAAAGUGGACUGUGGGUUCUGUCCAGAUUCCACAUGGGCAGCUCUGUGUUGGAAGCAUGAGCCUUAUUCCCCAGUGCCUCUGAUUUUCGGCCUCCUGGUUGCUAAGCCAUCACAGACUAGGACAGAAGUAGGCAGAGCCUAAGUUUUCUUCUCAGGACUGUGCAGUGUAAUAGAGAAGGUGAAGCCCACACCAGAAACCUGCAGAAAGCAGGCCACUGGCUGAACCACCUCCCACCAGGGCUGGAGUUGGGGGCAGGUGGGGACAGGCACCCAAACAGACCUCCACAAGAGGACAGACUCUCUGGCCAGGCGCAGUUGGUGGGAACCAUGGAGGGGAGCAGGGCCUGGCACAGAACCAAGAGUUGGGAUAUAAAGGUUGGUCUUGGUGAUCAUGGCAGGAUGCAGGGGCUCUGAGCACUUGGUAGAAAGCUUUAGAGCCAAUGCCCGAGAGUUUAAUUUUAUUUAAAGGCCACUUAGGAACCAUGAUAUGCUUUAAGGAAAAAAAACUAUUGGAAGUGUAUGUGAUGGGGGAGGGCGCACGCAUUUCAUAGCAUGCCUAUGGAAGUCUAGGACAACUUUGUGGAGCUGGUUCUGCCCGUGCUCCAUCAAAUCAGGUUAUCAAGCUUGUGUGGCAAGCGUCUUUACCUGCUGAGCCAUCUCUCUGGCCCAUGCUAGGUUUUUGAAAAGAACGGUUCCUAAGCAGUGUAUGUAGUUCACACUGCCAAGCACCCAAGCAUCCUGUCUGUGUCAGAGCCUGCUCUCAACAUUCCACAACUUUGAAAUGGUUUUGUCCCCACCAUCCCUCAGCCCAUGAGGGAAGCACUGUCAUCAGUGUCAGCCGUUUACUGAUGGGGAAAUGGUCAUUGACUCAUCUGACUCAUCAUAGGAAGUGGCUGGCCCCUCCCGCACUGCACUCUGAAGUCUUCGCCCAGUGGAUGGCUGAGAAAUAAGUCCCUGGGACCAGUGCCAGGUCCAGCCUGUGCUCCACCCAGCAGUGGGGGCCUUCCAGGCACUGCUCCUUCUUGGAGACCUGUGUGACUUGUGAUGAGUCCAGCUUUGUCCUACUGACGGGAGGUGAGCGCCUGGCCCGCUGAGCCUCCCAGAGCUGCCAGCCAUGCCCGGGAUCGUGGUGUUCCGGCGGCGCUGGUCUGUGGGCAGCGAUGACCUCGUGCUGCCUGCUAUCUUCCUCUUCCUGCUGCACACCACCUGGUUUGUGAUCCUGUCUGUGGUGCUCUUCGGCCUGGUCUACAACCCGCACGAGGCCUGCUCCCUGAACCUGGUGGACCACGGCCGAGGCUACCUGGGCAUCCUUCUGAGCUGUAUGAUUGCUGAGAUGGCUAUCAUUUGGCUGAGCAUGCGUGGGGGUAUCCUCUACACAGAACCCCGGGACUCCAUGCAGUACGUGCUCUACGUGCGCCUGGCCAUUUUGGUGAUCGAGUUCAUCUACGCUAUCGUGGGCAUCGUCUGGCUUACACAGUACUACACCUCCUGCAAUGACCUCACUGCUAAGAAUGUCACUCUCGGGAUGGUCGUCUGCAACUGGGUGGUCAUCCUCAGCGUCUGCAUCACUGUCCUCUGUGUCUUUGACCCCACUGGCCGCACCUUCGUCAAGCUGAGAGCCACCAAGAGGAGGCAGCGCAACCUGCGGACUUACAACCUGCGGCAUCGGUUAGAGGAGGGUCAGGCCACCAGCUGGUCCCGCCGUCUAAAAGUGUUCCUCUGUUGCACCCGGACAAAGGAUUCCCAGUCAGAUGCCUAUUCAGAAAUUGCCUACCUCUUUGCUGAAUUUUUCCGUGACCUCGACAUAGUGCCCUCCGACAUCAUUGCUGGCCUGGUGCUGCUUAGGCAGCGGCAGCGAGCCAAGCGCAAUGCGGUGCUGGAUGAGGCAAACAAUGACAUCUUGGCUUUCCUGUCUGGGAUGCCAGUGACCAGAAACACCAAGUACCUCGACCUCAAGAACUCGCACGAGAUGCUACGCUACAAAGAAGUCUGCUACUACAUGCUCUUUGCCCUCGCUGCCUAUGGCUGGCCCAUGUACCUGAUGAGGAAGCCCACCUGUGGCCUCUGCCAGCUGGCUCGGUCCUGCUCGUGUUGUCUCUGCCCUGCACGCCCCCGAUUCGCCCCUGGGGUCACCAUUGAGGAAGACAACUGUUGUGGCUGCAAUGCAAUUGCCAUCCGCCGUCACUUCCUGGAUGAGAACAUGACUGCUGUAGACAUCGUCUAUACCUCCUGUCAUGAUGCGGUCUAUGAAACUCCCUUCUACGUAGCUGUGGACCAUGACAAGAAGAAGGUGGUGAUCAGUAUCCGGGGAACACUGUCCCCCAAGGAUGCCCUGACUGACCUGACAGGAGAUGCUGAGCGUCUCCCUGUGGAGGGACACCGAGGCACCUGGUUGGGCCACAAGGGCAUGGUACUCUCAGCUGAGUACAUCAAGAAGAAGCUGGAGCAGGAGAUGGUCCUGUCCCAGGCCUUUGGGCGAGACCUGGGCCGUGGAACCAAACACUAUGGCCUGAUUGUGGUAGGCCACUCCUUGGGAGCAGGCACAGCCGCCAUUCUCUCCUUCCUCCUGCGCCCUCAGUACCCGACCCUCAAGUGCUUCGCCUACUCCCCUCCAGGAGGCCUGCUGAGUGAGGAUGCCAUGGAGUACUCCAAAGAGUUUGUGACUGCUGUGGUUCUGGGCAAAGACCUUGUUCCCAGGAUCGGCCUUUCCCAGCUCGAAGGUUUCCGCCGGCAGCUUCUGGAUGUCCUGCAGCGAAGCACCAAGCCCAAAUGGCGGAUCAUCGUGGGGGCCACCAAGUGUAUCCCCAAGUCGGAGCUGCCUGAGGAUCAGGUGGAAGUGACUGCCUUGGCCAGCACACGGCUCUGGACACACCCCAGUGAUCUGACCAUCGCCCUUUCAGCCAGCACCCCACUCUACCCACCUGGCCGUAUCAUCCAUGUGGUCCAUAACCACCCUGCUGAACAGUGCUGCUGCUGUGAACAGGAAGAGCCCACAUACUUUGCCAUCUGGGGUGACAACAAAGCCUUUAAUGAGGUGAUCAUCUCACCAGCCAUGCUCCAUGAGCACCUGCCCUACGUGGUCAUGGAGGGGCUCAAUAAGGUGCUGGAGAAUUACAACAAGGGAAAGACAGCGCUGCUCUCUGCUGCAAAGGUCAUGGUGAGCCCCACUGAGGUAGACCUCACUCCUGAGCUCAUCUUCCAGCAACAGCCGCUGCCCACGGGGCCACCUCUGCCCACUGGGCUGGCUCUGGAGCUGCCUGCCACAGAGCAUCGCAACAGCAGUGUCAGGAGCAAGUCUCAGUCUGAGAUGAGUCUAGAGGGCUUCUCUGAAGGACGGCUGCUGUCCCCAGUGGCUGCUGCCUCAGCAGCCCGGCAAGACCCUGUAGAGCUGUUGCUGCUGUCCACCCAGGAACGACUGGCCGCGGAGCUGCAGUCCCGGCGGGCACCACUGGCCACUAUGGAGAGCCUCUCAGACACUGAGUCACUGUACAGCUUUGACUCACGCCGUUCCUCAGGCUUCCGCAGCAUCAGAGGCUCACCCAGCCUCCAUGCAGUACUGGAGCGUGAUGAGGGCCACCUGUUUUACAUCGACCCAGCCAUUCCAGAGGAGAACCCAUCCCUCAGCUCCCGCACAGAGCUGCUGGCAGCUGACAGUCUGUCCAAGCACUCGCAGGACACCCAACCCCUGGAGGCAGCACUAGGCAGCGGGGGUGUGACUCCUGAGCGACCACCAAGUGCAGCCAAUGACGAGGAGGAGGCAGCCGGUGGCAGUGAGGGUGGUGGGGUGGCCCCACGAGGAGAGCUGGCACUGCACAAUGGGCGCCUGGGGGAUUCGCCCAGCCCUCAGGUGCUAGAAUUCGCUGAGUUCAUUGACAGCCUCUUCAACCUGGACAGCAAGAGCAGCUCCUUCCAGGACCUGUACUGCAUGAUGGUGCCUGAGAGCCCCACUAGUGACUACACAGAGGGCCCCAAGUCCCCCAGCCAACAGGAAAUCUUGCUUCGGGCUCAGUUUGAGCCCAAUCUGGUACCCAAGCCCCCCAGGCUCUUUGCAGGAUCUGCCGAACCCUCCUCUGGCAUCUCACUCUCACCCUCCUUCCCACUCAGCUCCUCAGGGGAGCUCAUGGACCUGACACCCACGGGCCUCAGCAGCCAGGAGUGUCUGGCCACAGACAAGAUCCGGACUUCCACCCCCACAGGCCAUGGGGCCAGCCCUACCAAGCAGGAUGACCUGGUCAUCUCAGCACGCUAGCACUUGGCAGUGGUCGUCAGCUCCUCCCCAACCAGAACUCAAGGCCCUGUGGGUACCUAAUGGCUGCUCAGGGCCCAGUAGCUGUGGGGAGAGGCUCCCAGAGGCCAAAUGGUCUCAGGCCCUGAAGCACUGCUGCUGAGCAGGGGGUCCACAUCCCUACCUCAGCCUAGGACCCCCAGAACCAAGAUGUCUGGGAAAAGCGGGGGUAGUUUCGGUAACAGGGAGGAGAUUUCAGGUUGGAUGGUCAGUCCUCAGCCCUCUCGGCCUGACUCCUCUGUGUGGGCAGCAUGGUAUCUCUGUUCUGGUAUGGCACUAGGCAAGCUAGCUUCCUGUCACUGCUACUCUCCUGGAACCGUGGCAGAAUGCAGCCCCCACCCCCACAUGUCCUCACAUGUAGUUCAAGUUGGCACCUUGCCCUGGCCACUCUCCCCCAGAUCUGGUGCCUGCAGGCCAGCCCCCUGGGGUAAUCCCCACCAAGGUGGUCCGCAGUGCUGGGUAUGUUUACAGAAUCUGCUGGGCUUGGCUCAGGUUGUAUCCUGAGCUCAUAAGCCCCAACUCCCAAUCAUGUGUUUAGUUAUCCCCUCUGAGUGGGACCUGAGGACCAGAGGAGCCCUGAAGGGAGGUGGGGUCAGGGAUGCCGCUUCUUUGCCUGGUGCCCCUUAUCUUCAUGGGUCCUGGCCACUGGGCCUGCCUGCCUACCUGCCACUUCCUGGCUUCCUGGCUCACCUUCUACUCCCAGGACUCUGACCAUUCAAAGGGUGGUGGACACUCCUGUGACAUCACCCCUGGCUGCAGAGUCAGGGCCCUGGGAGGAAAGAAGGCAUCCAAAGCCCUGUCUCCUUGGUGUCCUGCCUGACCCCUUCUAACCCCCCACCAUGCCUAGGCAGCUCUGGGCCCUGGGGUCUGAAACCAAACACGCCUCUGCCCACUUGCUCUCCUGGCUGCCUCACUCCUUUCUGGGUCUGGGCUCCAACUCCCCACUGUGUCCUGCCCAUAAGAAGAGGGGCCAAGAGUAGGGUAUUCUGGGACCUGGCUGGAAACCCCUGCCCACUGCCAAGGGGAGGGGUCCGGGACUCAGGGGCUGUCCCAGGUUAGCCUGAGGCCUUCAUAGGUUUUCCUAUGCUUUGGAGAAGCAGUUCAGGAGGUAGGAGCCCAGCCCUUUCCCCAGGCUGGGGGGAGGGGGAGGUUGUGCAUGGUAGUGUCAGGUGUGUGUGUGCAUGUGCAUGAAUGUGCACCACUCCUGAGGAAAGGGGCUGCAGAGGGCUGCCUGCCUCCUGCUCCUCCUAACCUGACAAGAAUAUAGCCUGUGAAGUGAAGACUUGGGACAAGCCAGUCACUGGGGUGUGCAGGCAAGCAACUGCCCACCCUUGUGCCCUUGUCUCCUUGGAAGCAUGGUCCCUUCCACUCCAGCCCCACUCCCAACCUCUCUGAGCUGCCUAGGUUCCCCUGACCACCUCAUGAUCACUGGUAUCCGGGCCUGAGUCCUGACUCUUAACCCCCACAGCUGGGGUGGCCUGGAUAGCUAUCCACCCUAACAGAUGAGGCCAGAGACCUGGGAGCUGGGCCUCCCCUUACUCUGUGACUCCCCCAUCCCCAACUGACUCCUGGUCACCCUGUCCCCUGCCAAGGCAGUGCCUCAGCCUAGCACAGAAAUACAAUUAAAAAAAAAUCACUGGUUCUUAGAACUCAAAUAUUAGACAAAAAUCUUAAAUCAGAGGAAUAACCCAGCAAGUACCCCAGCUGGCACAAGGAGAGUUGUGGGUCUGGCCUUUUAACUCUUUUUCUCUGUCAGGGUAGGUCUGGGGGGGUCCCUCUGGGGUGUGCCCCUAUGCCCAGGACUGAGCCAUCAGGGACAUCCCCCCACCCCCAAGGCUGCAGCCAUACUGUGUUACAGGCUUGGGGCUGGGGCAGGCUUGGACUCAGCCCUAGACACGAAGGGCCAGCCCACCCCUCCCUGUUCCCUCCCUGAUGCACGUUCCCUUCACUCCAUGCCACCUCUGGGGGGGUCUGAGCCACCCCCUUCAUCCCAGUUCAGAUUGAUCCCCCACACUGUCCCCCAGACCCGCAGCACAAGCUCUCCCAGCCGUGUGCUGGCCUGUCCUCCCAGGGAUCUGGGUGACUUCCAUAUGCAACUAGUAGUGAACAGCUAGCCCCCCAUGCACCCUCUGCACUCCACGUGCCAUUCUCCCACGACCUUUUUGUACCUAAUGUAUGAAAGAUCCACACUAAUAUCGCUGUAAAGAGAAGAGACAAAUUAAUAUAGCUUAUUCUAUGAAUAUAUCUGUAUAUAAAGUUUUCUGUAUAUUGUAUAGAGCUGUGUAUAAACUGAAUGUAGAAGCA